UUUUUUUUCCUUUAGUUUUCUUUCUCCUCCCUUCCUUCCCGUCAAGGACACAGACUUUGGCUAUAUUUUUCAUAACUGUGUGAAGCUAGAUGCCUGUGCCACCUCCGCCGCCGCCUCCUCCUCCACCACCUCCACCACCUUCUGGAGGGCCCCCUCCACCACCACCACCACCUCCGGUGAGUUCAGAACUACCUAAAUUGCAAAAGGAUGAGCAGAAAGCACGAAACGCACUGUUGGCUGAUAUCCAGCAGGGAACUCGCUUAAGAAAAGUGACUCAAAUCAAUGACCGAAGUGCACCACAGAUUGAAAGUAAGUUCCUGCAGGAGGGCCUUGGGUGGGCUCUGCAGAAGCCCCAUUUGUGGAGGUCAGCUGGGCAGGGUUUGGGUGGAUUUGGAGUUCAUCUAUGGACAACAUCUUUAGGAUGUGAAAGGAGAGAGCUCAAUUUUCUAAAGGUACAUCUUGUCCUGAGAUCAACAGCUAUUAUUACUUCAUAAUAAGGCUGAAUCUGGGUAUCACCUUAACAGGCAUUCCUUGUUUCAGGAAAAAAAAAAACAAUGAAGUCAAGAAUGAUGAAGCCCAUGAGAGUUUCUUUUUAAAAUAAUUGUUUAAACAGCAAUUACUCCUCCAGCAGAAGAGCUGUUCUUUACUAGAUAAAAAGAACAAAAGAUGCA